AUGGAUACUGCGCCAGUUUUCCAGUCUAGCUUCUCCAUACGCUCUCUGCUCUCCAGCACGCACCUGGAGGAGGAGGAGGGCAAAGGAGGGGAGGCCCACAAAUAUUAUUUGAGCGCCAGUCCAAGCGAUUCCUGCAAUAGCUCCGAGGAUGCAUCCUCCGAGGACGGCAACACCACUUCCCCCACAGCCAGCAGCAGCAGCGGCAGCAGCGGCAGCAGCAGUGGGGGUAGCAUCAAGUCGGAUGUGAAGCCCGCCUUCACGUACAGCGCCCUAAUCGUAAUGGCCAUACGCAGGAGCCCGGAGAAGCGUUUGACGCUGAGCGGCAUCUGCAAGUGGAUAGCCGAUAAUUUUGCCUACUAUCAGAAUCACAAGAGCGUCUGGCAGAACUCCAUACGCCACAAUCUGAGUCUCAAUCCGUGCUUUGUGCGCGUGCCGCGCGCCUUGGACGAUCCGGGACGUGGUCACUACUGGGCAUUGGAUCCGUAUGCCGAAGAUCUGACCAUUGGCGAGACAACCGGCCGUUUGCGGCGCAGCAACAACGCGCUACUCAGUCGCUCUAAGGCAGCGGCUGCUCUGCAAGGUCACGGCAAGAGCCACGGCUAUGCGCAUCCUUAUCAGCAACUGGCCAGCAAUCCGAACGCCGCCGCCGCUGCUGCUGUUGCUGUAAUGUAUGCGCAGCUCUUCAAGCCGCACGCUGCCUACUUCCCCAUCAUGCCGAAU